AUGUUGACCCGCGAGGAAGUGGAAAAGCAUAGCAGCCGAGAAUCCUGCUGGAUCGCCAUUCACGGCUCUGUCUACGAUGUAACAAAUUUUCUGGAUUCUCACCCCGGUGGCCCAGAAGUCCUCCUGCGAUGCGCCGGAAAAGAUGCCACCGACGACUUUGAUGCGGUUCACGAUAUCCAGCUACUGACUCAGUCCCUGCCACCUUCUGCUUGCCUCGGACGUAUCGACUCGGGUACACUGGCCAAAUUCACGGACCUGGGGACCAACGCACCUCUCCCCGACAAGAAUACACCCCCUCCCCUGACCAACAUCAUCAACCUGCAUGAUUUCGAAGAAGUUGCAAAGCAGCAUCUCUCACCUAACGCCUGGGCAUACUACUCUUCUGGAGCCGACGACGAACUGAGCAAGCGAGAAAAUGCACAGUCCUACCAGCAAGUCCUCCUGCGUCCCCGCAUCUUGCGUAACAUACCCGCGGUUGACACUGCAACUGCCAUACUUGAUCAUCAAGUCUCUCUCCCAGUAUACAUAUCGGCGGUGGGACUUGCAAAACUGGCACAUCCUGAGGGCGAAUGCGCUCUCGCCAGAGCUGCGGGGAAGGAAGGACUCGCGCAAGUUCUGGCAAACGGGUCGAGUAUUCCCAUCGAGAAUGUGAGAAUGUCCGGGGUUAAAGAGGACCAGCCUCUUUUCUGUCAGUUAUAUGUGAAUCGCGAUAUUCGCAGGUCGGAGAACCACAUCCGACGAGCUGAAAAGGCUGGAGCGAGUGCUAUCUGGCUCACCGUCGACUCACCGGUCGUCGGCAAACGGGAGAUGGAUGAGAGGGUGAACCUAGCCGUUCAGGGCCGCGAUAAUCAAACGAGCGGCGCAGGCGUUGCCAAAACCAGGGCCAGCACUAUUUCUCCUUUCAUCGACUGGGACAUCCUAACAUGGCUGCGCAACCUCACCAAACUUCCGAUAGUGAUUAAGGGUAUCCAGACCGUUGAAGAUGCUAUCAUGGCCUACGAGAACGGCGUCCAAGGAAUUGUCCUUUCCAACCACGGAGGACGGUCUCAAGAUACAGCACAACCGCCUCUUCUCACGCUACUCGAGAUCAGGCGAUACGCGCCGUUCCUACUACGGAGUCGCAUGCAGAUCUUCGUUGACGGGGGAAUCCGCCGCGGGACGGAUGUACUCAAGGCGCUUGCGCUGGGUGCUACAGCUGUUGGACUCGGUCGCCCGUUUCUGUACAGUUUGGCGUCGGGAUAUGGAGAGGAGGGAGUUCGACGGGCAAUUACUAUUUUGAGGCAAGAGAUCGAGGCCAAUAUGGUGUUUCUGGGUGUCAAGAAUCUCUCAGAACUGGGUGAGCACCUGUUGAACACAGCACGAUUAGAAAGGGAUGUAGCUAGAUCUGUCAAGCUGUAG